CCAGAUGGUCCCAAACAACCAACACCACUAGCUUUCACAGAUUUAAAAUAUCUUCAUGUUACUGGAACAAAUGGUAUGUCUUAUAAUUUAAACAUGAAUAACAAAAAAAUAAAUCACUUAGCUCCACCAACAAGCUUAAAUGAUGCUACAAACAAAAAAUAUGUAGAUGAUACGCUUUUAUUAAAUAAUGUGGCUAUGAGUAAUUAUUUGAAAAAGGAUGGUACUGUUGCAAUGACUGGUAACUUAAAUAUUAACAACAAUAAAAUAGUUAGUCUUGCAACUCCAACAAAUAAUACAGACGCAUCAACCAAAAAGUAUGUAGAUGAUACAGUUGCAGCAAAUAAAGUUAAUGUUAAUUCUUUUUUUAAAUCAGAUGGUUCAAAAAAAAUGACUGGGAGUAUAGAUAUGAAUAAUAAUAGAAUAUUAAAUCUUCCAAUGCCAAAUGGUAAUAAUCAACCAACUACAUUAAUUUACGCAAAUUCAAAUUAUUUAAGAAUUAAUGGAAUAAUACCAAUGUUUGGGGAUCUGAAUAUGAAUUCAAAUAAAAUAAAAAAUGUUAAAACACCAACUAAUAACUCUGAUGCUGCAACAAAAAAAUAUGUUGAUGAUAAAAGUGGAAGUCCAGAUUUGAGUGAUUAUUUGGAAAAAGAUGGUACAGUUGUAAUGACUGGAGACCUUAAUGUUGGAAAUAAUAAAAUAAAAAAUCUUAGUAAUCCAACAGAAAAUAAUGAAGCGGCAAACAAAGAUUAUGUUGAUAAACUAGUUAAUCACAAUGCAGUUCAACCAAGUCAUUAUAAAGAUGAGUUUAGUUAUCUUAUGUCUAGUGCGGCUCAAUGGACUGAUGAAAUAGAUGGAGGAAAUAGUUAUACAAUAAAAAAAAUAGCAGACUUAAAUCCUCAUAAAGGUAAUUUUCGUACAUAUAAACACAAAGUAAUUUAUCUUGGAAUUAAUAAAAAUUCUAAUGGAUUUAAAUAUAAGAUGGGAAUUAACUUUUAUAGAUUAGAAGGUAAUAAAGAUUACACAUUAUGUAUUGAGUUACUUAACACUGAUAAAAAACUAUGGGAUAUAUCACAGAUAAGUGUUGAUAAAGGAACUUCAACAGGAUUAACUGAUUUAAAUGUUAAUGUUAGAAAAUUAUCCUUUAGUUAUACAGAUUCAAAAAAUAGAAAACAAAAUAUGUAUUACCAUCGAAUAAUAGUUAACUUUCGAAAGUUAUUAAUUAGUAAUAAAUUCUUUCUUCACAUACUAGUUAAUAUUCCUAAUUUAGGGAAUGAUCUAGCUUCUUAUCCAACACAGUUUUUAGGUUGUUAUAUAAUUACUUAUGGAAUUAUGGGAAAAUUUAACAAUAUUGACCCCGAUAAAGUUUACGACUAUCACACUUCUUUUGACAUUCUACCAACAGAAGUUAAGUAUAAUGUUGAUAUUAACACAAAUAAUAAAAAAAUACUAAAUAUUGAUCUCGAUGGAAGCAGUAACAAUAGCGCUGCCACAGUUGGUAUGGUAAAAGAAAUUAUUCCUUUUAUUAAAAAUAAUGUUUAUAGAAAAUAUUUUGAAGUUUUUGAUUUUACAGAUUCGGAUAGUUAUGGGGUAAAUAUUCAAUCAUCUGAUGUAACCUUUGAUUCUAUUUCUUCUAACAGUGAUAGUAACGUUUCCUUUCCAAAUAAAACUAUAGAUAAUAUAAGAAAAGAUGGAUUAAAUGUUAAUGGUUUUACUAUUACUCUUACACCAACUAGUGGACAAACAAGUUAUACUUUAUGUUUUAUCUUUAUUAUUUGGAGGAAUAGAAAUUUUAGUAUCGUCAAAAAAGAUAGUAACAAUAAUCAAAUUUUGUUUAAUCUAUUUUAUCUUAAUUCAAAUAAUACUCUACACCUAAAUAUAAGAAAUGUAAGAAAAAAUAUAACUAUUCCAAGUAGUUUUAAUGGAAAAAAAUAAUCUUAUGGGUAGGGGAAAAUAUUAAUUCAAGUACUACAAAAGUUAAUAUAAGUGACUACUCCUCAGAAUUAGUUGCAAACUUAUCACAUUACUCAAGUAAUCAAAAAUUUGAGUUUUUAAAUCAAGAUGGAGUAUUAGAAAAAAUUUAAUACUCACCAAACUUUUACGACACUGAUUCUAUACAAUUUAAAAAGUUAUACUACAGGAAAAGUUGAAUGGAAGUUAUAUAGCGUAAUUAUAAAUGAAAAGAAAUAGUAGUAAAAGAACAAGUAUUUUUGAAUUUAAUCAUAUAGACAAAUCUUUAUCAGAAGAGCAAAGAGAAACUAUAACAGACCUUUAUAAACAUUACCAUAAGAAACAUUGGUGUUAUAAGAAAUCUUAUAAAUCUUAUAAAUUUUUAGAUAAUAUUUUUUCUAUUUCUAGUUUAUCUCUUAUUGCUGUUGGCACUAUCACAGGAGGAUUGACACUCAAUCCUGUUAUUCUUGGAGUAAUAAAUGGAGCAGGAGUAAUUGUAGGUGGAAUUACAAAAAAGAAGGAUUUUAAGAAAAAGAUAGAAACAACAAAGUUAGCUUAUACUACAUAUGAGAAAGUAUUGGUAGAACUACGAUCAGCACUCAGAGGAGAUGAGUGGAAUAAACAAGAAUUUAUCGAACGUAUAAAAAUAUUAGAUGAAAUGAUAAUUGAUCAAUGUCCAUCAAGCGCUGGUAACUUUGCAGAGAAAUAUAAAAAGAAAUUUAAUAUAUGA